GAAGCGCCGCCGUUACCACUUCUGUGCUAGCUAUCACCGGUUCUCUCGCUAAUAUCCUUGUAUUGUGUUGUGCUCUUUCCACUCCAACAGCAGCCACCUGAGCUAAACAUUUUUCUCGAUGGAGAAGGCUACGUCAUCGUGGUUCCAUGUGCAAGCGGCAGCGGCGGCGGCGGCGGUGCCGGAUCUGUUACUGGCCUUGUCUUCAGGGGACAGCAGCCAAGACCGGGACGAGGAAGUGGCACCGACGGUGUGCGUGGACGGCAAGACGGUGCGGCUGUUCCAGUGCCUCUUGUGCGACAAGACGUUCCUCAAGUCGCAGGCGCUCGGCGGCCACCAGAACGCCCACCGCAAGGACCGCCUCGCCGGCUUCCUCUGCGACCCCUACAACAACGACAGCCCAUUCCAGGGCGCCGCAGUCGCGGGGGCGUCCACCGGGACGACAUGGGAUUCAAGUGUCGGCCGGGCCAUGUGCACUUCCGUGGCUUCGCACGGCGGCGGCGUCGAGGCGGCACCAACCUCCGAUGCCUGCAAGCCCAAGAAUUAUGGGAGGCGCGGUGGCGCUCCACGCUUCGCGGAGCAAACGCCACUGCUGGACCUAUUCGCUGGCCGCGACGGCGUGGUGGGCUGGUCAAGGGCCUCCGUCGCAAGUGGCGCCGGUGAGGCUCUCGACCUGGAGCUGCGCCUCUAGCCAGGCUGCUCCCUUAUUGCGCAGUGACCUUUAAUUAAAGCAAGACUUCAGGAGUCCCGAAGCUGAAGAUGCUGUAUAGCAAUCUGACGCCUGGGCUAUUUGGUACUAUGAAUAAUCAAUUAAUCCGAGGAACACUUGAGGAGUCCGGACGCUGAAGAUGGCGAUGAGAAGGGGUCGUAUGCAGACGACAUGAAUAUGGGUGCCUGCAGCUGCGCAAGGAUUGCAAUCUGAAAAAGAACUCGGAUUGUUGGAACAAAACUGUCUUUAGGUUGUUGUCGUUGGCUUGCUGUAUGAUGCCUGCACUUUCUGUACUGUGAUAAGUACUGUAUUAAGUAGUAGAUGAAUACUGCGUAUUGGUUGUGUCCAACCCUACUAAUUUUAUAGUAAUGAACUAGGUAACGGCAGUUUGUUAAUGGAAA